CAAAAAAAGUUUUCAAAAUGUUUCCAAGUGGAAAUUCGCAAUUUUGUAAGUUUUUCAUUGCGUUACAGGUGUCCAUAGGCGGCGGUAAUCGCUUACUAUCGGGUGAUCCGUCAGCUCGUUUACCUACUAUGUCAUAAAAAAAACGUAUACAACCAUUAUUCGUUUGCUUUAUCCUAUUCACUUUGGAUCAUGUUUUUUUCUAGCUUCUAUACCUUUGUCGUUUGUCAUCGUCACGAAUCACCUGAUUUCUUUUCAUAUCAUAUCAUCUCUCACUCUCAUACAGUCGGUCGGUCGGUACAAUCCGUCCACCUUUCCUUGGUUUUUUCUCUCCUCACAUAUCCAUUCACUUUUACAUGACUUUAAACCCUUUAAUUUUAUUAUUAAUUAAUCUAAAUGCGUAAACCCUAAUUUCGAAUCGCUACUCUCAUGAAUAUGACCGCACCCUUACCAAUACUCAUCCAGCCGUGUCGCGCCCCGCGCGCAGUGUAGCUCCGCCCUUGCACAGCAGCUGACAGACAUACAUUAUGCAGCGCAACGACCGCUGGCCGUCGGACUACGAUCCAGAUCCGCGCUCGCGGCGCGGCUCGGCAUCCUCUCGAGGCUCCAAGAAGAAGAAGUCACCCCCCGCUUCAGCUACCUCUACGCCGAAGAAGGUCACCAAGCCGCAGAACUUGGACUUUGUUGUUACUGGGAAACAGUUGUUAAAGAAAGGUGACCGCGCCAACUCCCUCCCAGGCUCAUACCGCCGCCGCCCCUCCCUCGACACCCCGAAGACCAGGAAACCCCCCUCGCCGAAGAAGCUCACCGAGUCCCAGUCAUCCAAGAGCCAGGAGACUUCGCUGGAAGAUGAUGUGUCACUGGAGCUCAGUCAGGUCUCUCUGGGGACCCCGAGGACCCAGAAACCUUCUCCGAAGACAUUGUCCAACGAGUCCCGGUCUUCUAAACGUGACACGUCGAUGGAGGACAUGACCUUGGAACUCAGCCAGGUAUCAGAUUUCGAAGACACGAACUCGAAAUAUGGCGUAAAGAAAUUCAGCGCAUUGGCUACAUCCACCCCAAAAAAGAGAGCGUCUCUUCCGCAACCCUGCAAGCGGGACAAGGAUAGAGGGCAAAGUGGGCAGAGUGGGCAGAAGACUGGGAGGAGCGUCAGCGUCUUUAGACCGCCUAGCGUUAGUUACAGGCAUGGGCCGUCCACAGAGCCGGACUACUCUUCAGUGUCUCCCGAGUACUCCCAGUCCUCGGUGGAGACCUCCCCCGCUCAGACCAAGAUGGAAUGCAGUCAGGACUUGUCCAGUUGCUGCGUAAGCACCUGGCUCGAGGACUCCGAUGACACGAGAGUGGAGGAAACCCGGAGAGCGGACGGCGAGUGGAACACCUUCUGGGUCAAUUACAAUAACUCUAUCGCCACGGUCCCAAUGAAGAGUUACUACGACCAGUGCCCGACUCCGUAUAGAACGGAGAAUAUCGACUUGGCAGAUUUAGAUUUCUCGGAAACCUCUCGUAAGCGAUCCCCAGAAGACAUGAAGAACAUCAACAGCAUCAUCCGCAACGAGGGUCUCCACCUCACUCCUCGAGAGACACAGAACAUCAUCAAAUGCGCUCAUAUCCUUGGGAACGUACUGAGUAAAGCCAUAGAGAGGAGGUCCAGAGAAAAGGAAGAACCGGAUAAAGUGCAAGAACUGCAGGCUGAAACUGAGGCUGACACAGAAAAAGACCAAAAGAAAAAAACAAUGACACUAGACCUAAAAGAGACAAAUGUACCCGCCGAAGUUAAAGAGGAAAAGAGAAGCGAGACGGUAACCACACAAACGGAUAUUUCUCUACCGAACACGAAGAGCGCGCCGAGAAUCUUUGAGAAUAUUCUCAGGCAGUUAUCGAGAAGUUCCAUUGACGAGGCGUCUUUGAGAAAGGCGAAGGAAAGUUUGGAAGUUGAGAAGAAUAAAAUAAAUGAGAAGAAGGAAGAGACUGAUAAAAAGGAAGAGAAAAGUGAGUCGAAGUAAAUUUGAUUUGUCUGUAUGUGAUUAAUAAAGUUAGUUACCUAAGUCAUCGUACUCUGAAAAGUGGAAGCGCUGGUGGCUUAGCGGU